AAUUCCUCCAUCCCUCCCUUCCUCUUUCCUCUCUCUCUCCCUCUUCCCCUGGUUCUCUCCCCAUCUCUGCCACCUUCUCCCUCUCUCCCCACCUUCUGCUUUUCCUCUACCAUCUUCCACUUUCCCCCUCCCCUUUCACCUAUUCCCUCUCCCAUUGUCGUCUACUCGGUCUCUUUCCCACCCACUCCCCUCCCCUUGUCCUAUUUUUCUCUCGAUUGCUCCUCCCUCUCAGGCGGUCCUUCUAGACCUAAAGAACCGGUUGCAGCCCGGACGCUUGCAGUGGAGCACCAGCACCGGAAGCAGCCGGCGGGGUCGGCCGGAAGUCUUCGCAGACCCGGCCGGGAGAAAACACCCAGAAGAGCAGAAAGCCCUUUGGGGAGCAUGGAUGACAAGAGACGAAGAGUCAGAGUGCAGGGUGGCUGGGCUGGUCCUGCCAAGAGUCAGGCUCCUGGGCAGCCAGCAUUCAGGGCCAAAAGCCAUCCCCACCAAGGCCUUGGACAGACCUGGAUGAAAAAGGAGUUGCCUCUGCCAGAAAAACAAUUUGUAUAUGAAGAACCAAAAGAAGAGGUUGUACGUCGGAUCCCAGAGCCACAAAUGAUCGACAAAGAAGGUGUCUAUGAAAUCAGCUUAUCACCCACAGGCAUCUCUCGGAUACGUUUGUUUCCCAAUUUCAUUGAAUCAGAAGAAGCAGACUGGAUAUUUGAACAGCUGUGCCAAGAUAUUCCUUGGAAGCAGAGGACUGGUAUCCGUGAGGAUACAAGUUAUCUGCAGCCAAGACUGACCGCGUGGUAUGGAGAACUCCCUUACACUUAUUCCAGAAUUACAAUGGAGCCCAAUCCUCAAUGGCAUCCUGUGCUGGGCACGCUGAAGAAGCGCAUUGAAGAGAACAGCGGCCACACCUUCAACUCGUUACUCUGCAACCUUUAUCGGAAUGAGAAGGAUAGCGUCGACUGGCACAGCGACGACGAGCCGGCCCUGGGGAGAUGCCCCGUCAUCGCCUCCCUCAGCCUGGGGGCCACACGCACCUUUGAGAUGAGGAAGAAGCCCCCGCCGGAAGAGAAUGGGGACUAUACAUAUAUGGAAAAAGUAAAGAUACCUUUGGAUCACGGCACCUUGUUGAUGAUGGAGGGGGCCACACAAGCUGAUUGGCAGCACCGGGUGCCCAAGGAGUACCAUUCUAAAGAAGCGAGAGUGAACCUGACCUUUAGGACCGUUUUCCCUGAGCCCAGCGGGGUGGCUUCACGAGUGACCUAAGAGCCUUCUGGGAGCAGCUGCCCUUGGGACGAUUGCACCCGCCGACAGUCAGCGUUCCAAGGUAGAUAGAUGUUGGUGCGGAUUCAGCUCUCUGGGAUCCACCGCGGAUGAGAGGCCUGUCAAAUGGUAUCAUGUCUGGAAUAGGUUUGUUGUGAGAAUAUUGUACCCCCAACAGAUCACAGAAUUGUGGAUUUCCUUUCUGCAAAUUAAAAGCUAAUGUGGUUGUUCCUCACA